CAUCCUAUCAGGAAAUGCGGAGCUUCCUAAGCAAAUAACUUGCAGUACAUAGAUCGACGGCCAUGUCGAGUGAUUCCUCAUAAUUGAUGGAUAUUUACAUUGGCGACCAAAGACAGGACCGACAAAAAAAUGAACAACAGUUAAGAAAUCAGAAAAGGAAUCACUCGUCAUGGGACAUACCAGAAAUGUGGCGGUGAUUAAUUUCAAAAAAGUGCACCGUCGUGAUGUUUUUUUUAUUGAAGUGACGGUGGUCGCAUUACGAAAAGCUGGAUGUAACGAGAAUAUUUCAACUAUUUCCAUCUUCCCGAUGACAACUGAUUGGUCGCAGUGCAUUGCCCAAGUGGAAAUAUUUGCUGAGUCUCUGAGCUACACCAUUUAUGAAUCGUUAGGAAAUUAUGACAAAAACCAAUACCUGAAUAUCGACGGGUUACUGUUGAUAGGAAUCUCAGAAUCCAUCACAAACCACUUGGGCGGUAGAAGUCACUACGAAAAACUGGCCAUGCUGAUCAUGAGAGGUGACAUUGAUCGCAACUCGGGAUCUCUUCGGAAGGCAUCAACCAUGUUCCAACGAUCGAUUAUGGUCAACAUUGAUCCUGAGUUGUCCGUUUGCAUGCUAAAUUCUGAGUUGACCGUCGAAUGCUUCACUGGUGGUGAUCUGCAUGACAUUGCCCGUCAUGUGGAGGUUUCCGGACAUUCUACGGAACACGAAAAGCAAACGCUUAGGGUAACACAAUAUCGCAUAGAUUCCGUCGAACGACCAACCGACAACGCUUACCUACGUUUGAUAGAUCGACCGGUUCUCCGAAUGAUAACCAACAAACUGAAUCUGACACCGAUAAGUGUGGGCGAUAACUUUGACUACGGUUAUCGAAUGUCGAAUGGGACAUUCAUUGGUUCUCUAGGGGAAGUCGAGUACGGCAGGACGGAUCUGGCCAGAACUAGGAUAAUGUUUUCCCUACAUGAAACUUCCAAUGUACAGUUCGUAGUUCCAGUCAUAGCUACCCCUUUUCGAUAUGUGGUGCCAAAAAACUACUACCCUCAUGCUCGGAGGGAGGUAGACAUAAUUGCCUUGUCGUUGGAGUUUAUGCUCGUGUAUUACUCGAUUUUAUUUUGGUUCCCGAUAGGAUUUCGGAUUCUGGAAUAUUACAGCUUCCAGAUGGCUCUCGCGAAGAGCAAUUCAAAAACCCCAUGGAUAUCAUCCGUCUUCAUGACGUACGCAACCAUGACCAACAUAUCCAUCGUGAUUCGAGAAAUAUCAUCACAACGUAUAUACUGGAUAACACUGAUUUGGUUUCAGCUCAUCACCUACAGUGUGUUCCAGGGGAACAUGAUUAAGGAAGUGAACACAGCUGAUAACAGUAGAGAUCUUCAAACGAUUCAGGAGCUUAUGGAUUCUUCUUUGAACAUAUCUAUUGAUCCUUCUUUUACAACAUUUUUCAAGUAUAGCGAGCAGGUUACAGCCAGAUACAAUCUUGAGAAUCGCAUUAUGAUGGAAGGAUUGGAUACACCGCAGCUUUUAUCGAGGCUCAUUACCAAGAGAUCAUUCGCCAAACUGCUGGCACAGGAUAAGAUUGAAGAGUUCGUUCCACAAUUCUACGACAAUAAGACGGGCGAAGCGUUGCUCCAUGUGAUCCCCGAAGUGGCGUACGAAUUCUACUCAGCAAUGUACGUUCCACUUACCUCACCAUAUGUGGAAACAUUCAAUCGGAUUUUGCUGCAGUAUAUUGACGCUGGUUUGAUAGAGUAUGGAACUGAUCGCAUGACAUUUGAGACGCAGCUUCUGGUGAUCAGACGACGCGCGGGAGGGAACUUUAUGGAACGAGAAAAUCAAGCCGCAACAAUUGAUUUAGGCGCAUUGAAGGUAAUUAUUUUUCUGGUUUUUGGAUUGUUCGCAGUGGCCAUUUUAGUAUUUUGUGGCGAGCUUUUAAUAAAAUCGAUGAACUCGAAAAAACAAACGCAUCGUACUAUAUGAUUGAACUUCUUACGAACACUAAGAAAUGGCAAGGAUCUUGUUUUCAAA